GAGCGCGGGUCUAAGGCAUAUCGAGCCUACGAUCCGGCCACGAAGCGCGUGCACGUGACGCGCGACGUGGUCUUUGAUGAGUCCGCCCAGUGGGACUGGUCGGAGGGAGCUAAGACCGGCACUGGCGCGGAUCAUGGCGGCGACGACACGUUCACCAUCCAAUUUGGGGUGGUGGAGGGGCAAGGAGGUCUCCAGGCGGGGGCACCGGUGGCUGCUAUGCAGCAUAUGACGCCACCAGGAACGCCAGGGGAGGCCGGAGUAGCUUCUCCGGGUGUGCAGUUCGCCACACCACCUGCUGCGUUAGACGAAGACCUGGACGCCGACCACGACGACAACGCACCACUGCGGUUCCGAACAGUGGAGGACGUCACCGGAGCUGCGUCGCCACCUGGGUACGCCGUGCGCGUACUGUACAGCGAGCAACUCUUUGCAGUGAGUGCGGAGGAGCCUGGGUCGCUUGCACAUGCUGGGCAAGACCCAUGCUGGCGACGAGCGAUGGAGGAGGAACUACGCGCCAUAGAGGACAACCACACCUGGACACUCACUGAGUUGCCAUCUGGGCAGCGAGCCAUUGGGCUCAAGUGGGUAUUCAAAGUCAAGAAGGAUGAACACGGUGCUGUGGUACGGCACAAAGCACGGCUCGUCGCAAAAGGCUACGCUCAGCGCCAAGGAAUCGACUACGACGAGGUGUUUGCACCGGUCGCUCGCUUGGAAGCGGUACGGCUGCUGCUGGCGUUGGCGGCGCAGGAGGGAUGGCAAGUCCAUCACAUGGACGUCAAGACAGCGUUCUUGAACGGUGACCUCCAGGAGGAGGUGUAUGUGCAGCAAGCGCCUGGGUUUGCUCAACCUGGACAGGAACACAAGGUAUAUCGACUGCACAAAGCUCUUUAUGGUUUGCAUCAAGCUCCCCGUGCAUGGAAUAAAAAACUGGAUGAACAACUGGGUGUUCUGGGAUUUGUGAGAUGUCCAUCUGAGGCUGCUAUCUACUGCCGUGGAAGAGAUGCGGAGAGACUGGUUGUAGGUGUCUAUGUUGACGAUCUGGUGAUCACAGGCACUAGCAGCAGCAGCAUCAGGAAGUUCAAGACAGAAAUGACUAAGAUUUUUAAGAUGAGUGACCUUGGGUUGCUAUCUUAUUACCUGGGUAUUGAAGUGAGGCAGGAAGAAGCUGGGAUCAGGUUGUCUCAAGGAAGCUAUGCAAGAAAAAUUCUGGAGAAGUGUGGUCUAGAGGACUGCAAUCCCUGCACCGUGCCGAUGCAGCCUAAGCUGAAGUUGAGUAGGGAAAGUGAUAGUUCAAAAAUCAAUGUGACUGAAUACAGAAGCUUGGUAGGGAGCCUGAGAUACCUUGUGAAUACUCGACCUGACUUGGCAUAUUCAGUUGGAUAUGUGAGUAGAUUUAUGGAGGAGCCCCAUAUGGAUCAUCUUGCAGCUGUGAAGCAGAUCCUGAGGUACAUAGCAGGGACAAGAGAUUGGGGCCUGUUCUAUUCAAGGAGAAAUGGAGGGAGUGAUGAGCUCUUGGGCUAUAGUGACAGUGAUAUGGCUGGCGACUUGGAUGGCAGAAAGAGCACAUCUGGGAUCCUUUUCUUUCUUGGGAGGAGUCCAAUCAGCUGGCAAUCAACUAAGCAGAAGGUGGUGGCGCUAUCAAGUUGUGAGGCGGAGUACAUCGCUGCUGCUACUGCUGCAUGUCAAGCUGUUUGGCUGGCACGACUGCUUGCUGAAAUCAGGAACUCAGAGACAAGCAGACCUUUGCUAAGGGUGGACAACAAGUCCACUAUCUCGCUGAUUAAGAAUCCAGUGCAUCACGACCGGUCAAAGCAUAUUGAUACCAGAUUUCAUUUGAUUCGGGAGUAUGAAAAUUCAGGGCAAAUCAAGGUGAAGUUCAUCAGUACUGAAGAACAGCUGGGGGAUAUUCUGACCAAGCCACUCGGCAAAGUCAAGUUCCAGGAACUCUGCACCAAGAUUGGCCUAAGCCUAGUGUAAGUAGAUGCACAAGUCUUAGGAGGAGAAUUGUUAAAAUAAUCCUUGUGCUUUUAGCUGGUGUUUGUUUUAUUUUCUGUUAGCUGAAGUCAGUCGCACGGUCUGUUGUUGGCUGUGCGUGUAGUGGGCUCGGACGUGCGCGUUUUGUUCGCAUGGAGAGCGCGUACUGCGCCAUGUAUCCACCAGGCAAGGCAGUUGGGAUGGCAGCUGCCCAUGAUGGUUAUGGGGCGUCAGGCAGGGUGUUAGUGCCCCGUUUCUAGGAAGUAGUAGGUCACGUUCUCUAUUGAGUCUUUUAUAUUCCAGUGAAUAGAGUCUGAAAAAGCUGUUCGUUGUUCACAGCACCAAAUCAGAGUGUCUCCACUUGUGUUUGUGUGUGUGCGCGAUUUUCUCUGCAACCUGCAGGGUGAGCUCGCCGGCAACAGGAGGUUGUUUCUCCGGCGAGGUCUGACAGUGGUGUUCUGGGUGGCCGACAUGAUAGAGGAGGAGGAAGUGGAGGAAGAAGAAUGCAUAUUAGGGAUUUAGGAAAAUAGCCUUGGCUCUGGUGGCCCAGAGCACGGCAGAGGCUCUCUUGGGGCUGUAUUCCAAUAUUUAUAGAUAGAAGAUUACAUGGAUGCAUGUGCUACAAUCACGGAGGCACAGCCUAAACAGGAAUCAAGGGUGCUCCUCCUGGCCAAAUGGGAGCAAGCUAUCCUCGCAUGUUUCUGGUCCUCCUGCUGCUUCAUGGAGCCAGUGCUGCUUUGAAUCCUCCAACAGCAGGGCCAAAAUGGCAGACUCUGAGCGGUCGUCCCCCUCAAGUCGUAGCUCGAGGAGGAUUCUCUGCGACCGCAUAGGCUUCUGUAAGACAGGGCUGACCCUUGAUAACUCGACGACUGUCGCUGAGAUCUUCCCCAAGAUGGACAGGACGUACAAGCUGCAGGGAGAGGAUGUCCAUGGCUGGUUCUCCCUAGAUUUCACCGCGGAGCAGCUGGUUCAGAACGUCACUUUGAUCCAGAACAUCUUUUCUCGCCCGAGCACAUUCGAUGCCUCCUUUGGGAUGUACACGCUCGAUGAUGUCGUUGAACUCCACCCCCCUCAAAUAUGGCUGAAUGUAGAGUACAAUUCAUUCUUUAUGGAGCACAAGUUAAGCAGCGAGGACUACAUACUAGAGCUACCAAAAGAUUUUAGCCUCACGUACAUCUCCUCGCCGGAGAUUGGGUUCCUGAAAAGCUUGAGUGGGAAGCUCAGGAACGCCAAGACAAAGCUCAUCUUCCGGUUCCUCAACGAAGACGUCGAGGAGCCUUCGACCAAGAAAACGUACGGGGAGCUCCUGAAAGAUCUGAAGUCCAUCAAGGAGUUUGCAGCUGGCGUCCUUGUGCCCAAGACGUACAUCUGGCCACUGAAAAAGGACCAGUACUUGGCGCCAUCCACCAGCUUGGUCAAGGAUGCUCAUGCCCUCGGCCUGGAAGUGUACGCCUCCGGGUUUGCCAACGAUAUCAUCUUGAGCUACAACUACAGCUACGAUCCCACUGCCGAGUACUUGCAGUUCAUCGACAAUCCAGACUUCUCUGUCGACGGUGUGAUCACGGACUUCCCGCCCACCGCAUCAGGAGCUGUUGCUUGCUUGGCUCAUUCCAAGGGCAAUCCUCUACCACCUCCUGGAAAGGACACCAGGCCGUUGAUCAUCACCCACAACGGCGCGAGCGGCAUGUUCGCCGGCAGCACCGACCUUGCCUACCAGCAGGCGAUCAAAGAUGCCGCCGACGUCAUAGACUGCACGGUUCAGAUGUCAAAAGACGGGACGGCCUUCUGCAUGCAGUCCGCUGACAUGUCCAGCUCCACGACCGCGUCCACCGCUUUCGCGUCCAAGGCCUCCACUGUCCAUGAGAUCCAGAACAAGUCCGGCAUCUUCUCGUUCGACCUGUCAUGGAGUGAGAUCGCGACCUUGAAGCCCGACCUCAUCUCCCCGUUUGCUCAGGCAGGCAUGAAAAGAAAUCCUCAAGCGAAGAAUGCCGGCAAGCUGAUGACUGUGCCCCAAUUCUUGGACUUGGCCAAGGCCAGCAACAUCACCGGUAUACUGAUCGAAAUAGAGCAUGCUUCGUACCUGGCCAAGAGAGGGAUCGGCGUGGUGGAGGCGGUGUCCAGCGCGCUGACCAAGGCGGGCUACGACAAGGAGACCAAGCAGCAGGUGUUCAUCCAGUCCGACGACUCGUCGGUGCUCGCGGCGUUCAAGAAGUUCACGACGUUCAGGAGGGUGCUCAACAUCGAGGCCAAGAUCAGCGGCGCCUCCAAGCCGUCGGUGGAUGACAUCAAGAAGUUCGCGGACACGGUGAGGAUCAACCGGAACUCGGUGGCGCAGGUCACCGGGUACUUCAUGACGCACUUCACCGACACGGUCAGUAGCCUGCAGGACGCCAACCUCACCGUCUUCCUCGGCGUGCUCAAGAACGAGUUCAUGAACCUCGGCUUCGACUUCUUCGCUGACCCGACGAUCGAGAUCGUUACCUACUCGUGGGCGGUGCUGGCCGACGGGCUCGUCACGGACUACCCUGCCACCGCGGCUUCGUACUUCAGAAGUCCAUGCAGUGACAUGAACCUGAACCUGAGCUACUCGAUCCUGCCUGCACAACCUGGCGCUCUGGUGAACCUGGCAGCCCCCGGGACGCUGGCUCCGGCGGGAGCACCGGCACCAUUGCUCCAACCCUCCGACGUUGUGGACCCGCCGCUGCCUCCAGUUAAAGCUGUGAUCACCGCCGACGCGCCAGCGCCAGAGGCGGCUGACAAUACCUCCUCGGCGUCCAGCUCCAACGCGGGGAAUGGCCUCUUGUGGGCUGCCAUCGUUGCCCUCUUGUCCCUGAGCUUUCUGCGCUGAUCCCUUCCUCGAUGGCUUCCAUUGUACUCCCGCAUGUCCCCCUCCCCCCUACAUCCUCGAAUGUGCUGUAACAUAAUGUUCCUUAAAUAGAUAUAACCUGUCAUUAACCUGCACAUAAAUACAGGUCAGAAAAAGUUUACCCUGCACCAAUUCAUGAUUGGAUAGUGGAUACUACAGACAGCCGUUUUUUAAAGUGCAAAUUACUAUCCUAAACCUAAGGUUUGGUCUA